UAGUUUCUACUAACGCUACCCGACGCCCACGUCGAAGUAUUUGCCAACAAAACGUGAUGUUGUUUGACUCCAAGGACGGAAUGAAAAGUGGUACAUUCCUCCAGCGCACACUCCGCCAGCAGGAGAGGGAGGGUCAACAUGGCGUCCGAGCAGGAGAGCUCCAACGGGCCAGGGAAGAAGUCCAUGCGGGAAAAGGCCAUCGAGAGACGAAACGUCAACAAGGAGCACAACAGUAACUUCAGAGCGGGCUACGUGCCCAUCGAGGAGGAACGUCUCCACAAAACGGGCCUCCGAGGACGCAAAGGCAACAUGGCCGUGUGCAUCAUCGUCCUCCUCUUCCUCCUGGCCCUGAUCAACCUCAUUAUCACGCUGGUUAUCUGGACGGUGAUCCGCAUCGGUCCCAAUGGCUGCGACAGUAUGGAGUUCCAUGAAUCGGGUCUUCUACGCUUCAAGCAGAAAGCGGACAUGGGCGUGGUCCACCCGCUGCACCGGAGCACCGUGGGAGGUCGUAAGGACCAGGACCUGCUCCUGGUCGGCAACAACAACCCGGUGGUCUUCCAGCAAGGCACCUCCAAGCUGAGCGUGGACAAAGACAAGACGUCGGUGGUCAGCGACGUGGGAAUCUCCUUCACCGACCCUCGCACUCAGGCCACCUUCUUCAGCACCGACUUCGACAACCACGAGUUCCACCUGCCCAAAGGCGUCAAAGUGCUGAGCGUCAAGAAGGCGUCCACGGAACGGAUAACCAGCAACGCCGCGUCUGACCUCCACAUCAGGGGGGACAGCAAGGCUAUCAUUCGCGGCAACGAGGGCGUCAACAUCAUGGGACGCACCGUCGAGUUCAAGAUGGGCGGAGACAUCGAGCUCAGAGCUGAGAACAGCAUCGUCCUCAACGGGUCGGUCAUGUUCAACGCCACGCGCAUUCCCAGCUCGGAGGGCGACGUGUACUUUGACGGCGCCACCGAGAGGUACAAGCUGUGCAUGUGCGCCGACGGGACACUGUUCCGCGUGCGGGUGAAGUAUCCCAACAUGGGUUGCCAGACGUCCGACAACCCGUGUCAGAACGCUCACUGAGGACACCGGACUGAGGGGGGAAAAACGCAUUUUUUGAUACAGUUUGUUUUUCAUGGCUUCUAUAGAAAAUGGUUGUGUUCUGGAAUAGCAAAUCCAACAUAAGUACAGUUUCACUAGUAUUGUUAUUGAUAAACACUGACAUUAUUCAUACACUGUUACACUUUAUUUGGCAGCUGUGUGUGAUGCGUUUACUGACCAGUGUGUAGUAAUUAGCAAGUAACGCACUGCAGUCGUCCCUCGUUUAUCGCUGUUAAUUGGUUCCGGACAUAAACAGAUUUCCGUCAAGUAGGAAUUGCAUAAAAAAAAAAAACAGUUUCAACAGUAGGCAUGAACUAAACCCCUUCUUUUAAUCCAAUAUAAUAAUGCUGGCUGAGCCAAUCAGCGGCCACGAUACUGAACAGUUUGGUCUCAUCUAAUGGCCAUUACUAGUGUAGUAUGGAUAUUUUUGGUUUAGUUUCCAUUUGUAUGCAUGAAAAUACUUAAUUUAGGGCAAACAAAAUAUUCUUAAAAAAACAGGUGAAACCGUAAUACUUGAAGCGAGAUAUGGCGAGGGACAACUGUACGUGUUUACAUUUUUCUUCUGCACUUUUCGGACUGCCAAUGGACUCACAGGGGAAGAUUUAUGGAUUUAUUGAUUCUUAAACUUUGGUACGAGUAUCACUGGUAUUCAAUAAAACCAGAUAUUUUUCAAAAAAUACAAUUAUAAUAUUGACUGUACAUAUGAAAUAAUGGUGUACAUUUGUAUUUGUACUAUAUCAUUUGAAUUCUAUUUUAGAGACAUGCACAUAGGAAUUGCAUUUACUUUUGACUAAAAUAAAACAAUUUAGAGACAAAAACUAUAUUUGAAUUAUCCACACAGUAAAAAUGUUCAUUGUAAAUUCACAGCAAGUUACUGGCUAAUCAAUUGCAUUACUUUUACUAUAAUAUGAUUUUACAGCAAUUUACUGUAACUGCAGAGCGGGGCUUUUACAGUUAAUUACAAUACAUUUACAACUAUAUCCUGUAACUUCACAGUUGCAAUUUUAUUGUUACUCUGUCGUGCCGCCACCUAUUGUACAAGAAGAGAAGUUAUUACAGAGGACUACGAGUACAGUAUUUUACUGUGAAAUAGUCAAUUGCUGCAAAAUAUAAGGAUAUCAUAAUUUUUACAAUCAGUUGUAAUGUUACAGCAAGUUUUGAAGACAUUUUACUGUGAAAUAUGAUAUAUUUUUUUACAGUAAUUUUCUAUAAUGUUACAGUAAAUUUUGAUGACAAUAUUUUACUGUGAAAUAUGAUAUAUUUUUUUUACAGUAAUUUGCUAUAAUGUUACAGUAAAUUUUGAUGACAAUAUUUUACUGUAAAAUAUAAGGAUAUCAUAUUUUCACAGUAGUUUGUUGUUAUAUUACAGUACAUUUUGAUUACAGUAGUUUACUGUGAAAUAUAAGUAUAUCACAAUUUUACAGUAGUUGUAAUAUUACAGUAAAUUUUUAUUCUAGUAUUUUACUGUGAAAUAACAGCCAAUUGCUGUGAAAUAUAAGGAUAUAUUUUUACAGGGAUUUACUGUAACAGUAACUGUAAAAUACAGUAAUUUACUGAAACAUAAGGAUAUCAUAUUUUCAAAGUAGUUUAUUGUAAUAUUACAGUAAAUUUAGAUUUCAGUAUUUUACUGUGAAAUAAGUCAAUUGCUGUGAAAUAUAAGGAUAUAUUUUUACAGUAAUAUGCUGUAAUGUUACAGUAAAUGUUGAAUACAGUAUUUCACUGUGAAAUAUAAGGAUAUCAUAAUUUUUACAGUAGUGUGUUGUAAUGUUAGAGUAAAUUACAAUUACAGCAUUUUACUGUGAAAUAAGGAUAUCAUUUUUACAGUAGUGUGUUGUAAUGUUACAGUAAAAUUUGAUUUCAGUAUUUUACUGUGAAAUAAAAGGUUAUUAUAUUUUUAUAAUAAUUUGUUGUAAUCUUACAGUAAAUUUUGAUUAUAGUACUUUACUGUGAAAUAUAAGGAUAUAUUUUUUACAGUACUUUGUUGUAAUAUUACAGUAAAUUUAGAUUUCAGUAUUUUACUGUGAAAUAAGUCAAUUGCUGUGAAAUAUAAGGAUAUAUUUUUACAGUAAUAUGCUGUAAUGUUACAGUAAAUGUUGAAUACAGUAUUUUACUGUGAAAUAUAAGGAUAUCAUAAUUUUUACAGUAGUGUGUUGUAAUGUUACAGUAAAUUACAAUUGCAGCAUUUUACUGUGAAAUAAGGAUAUCAUUUUUACAGUAGUGUGUUGUAAUGUUACAGUAAAAUUUGAUUUCAGUAUAUUACUGUGAAAUAAAAGGAUAUAUUUUUUAUAAUAAUUUGUUGUAAUAUUACAGUAAAUUUUGAUUACAGUGCUUUACUGUGAAAUAAGGAUAUCAUAAUUUUUACAGUACUUUGAAGUAAUAUUACAGUAAAUUUCGAUUUCAGUAUUUCACUGUGAAAUAGCAGUCAAUUGCUGUGAAAUAAGGAUAUAUUUUUACAGUAAUUUGCUGUAAUUUUACAGUAAAUGUUGAAUACAUUUACAUUUUACUGUGAAAUAUAAGGAUAUCAUAAUUUUUACAGUAGUGUGUUGUAAUGUCAAAGUAAAAAUUACAAUUACAGUAUUUUACUGUGAAAUAUAAGGAUACCAUAAUUUUUACAGUAGUGUUGUAAUGAUACAGUAAAAUUUGAUUUCAGUAUUUUACUGUGAAAUAAUCACACAUUUCACAUUAAAUUACUGAAAUCAAAUGUUACUGUAAUAUUACAACAAAUUACUGUAAAAAGUAUAUCCUUAUAUUUCACAGCAAUUGAUCAUUUUUAUUUUGCGGUGAAAUAUAAGGAUUUACUUUUUACAGUAAUUUGUUGCAAUAUUACAGUAACAUUUGAUUUCAGUAUUUUACUGUGAAAACAGUCAAUUCCUGUGAAAUAUAAGGAUAUAUUUUACAGUAAUCUGUUGCAAUGUUCAAGUAAAUUUUGAUUACAGUAUUUGACUGUGAAAAAAUACUGGUACAUUUUUACUGUGCAGAUAACCUGAAAGUUAAUUCCAAUCAAAUGUUCCUCAGCACGUUUGCCACAAGCCACGUAUUGACGAUGAAACCAAAACAUAUUCUCAAGGUACAAUUGGCACAAUCUCAUCUUUUUAAGAUCAUAUUUCCACAAGCGAGAGGAAAAAUGUUGCCCAGCUUUAAUGUCAGUUGUCAAAGUUAUUAGCGUUAAUAAAGUGUUUUGGAUUUUGUGCAAUAUAAAUGAUUGAUGUGUAAGAAAAUAUGCUUUUGUUUGAAUAAAGAAAAACAUGUUGGAGUUCUGCCGCUUAUCGUUUGUUUUGGUUAAAGGUCACUCUGGCUUGCAUGUUUAGAAUCAUGAAAAAAAAAAAAAAAAAAAAAAGGUAGCGCAGCGAGCGUUCUUAUUGACUAAUAGAGUGCGUGGCGAGGGGCGAGCCCUCAGGAAGGCGUUUAUGCAGAAAGACAGUAAGACAUUAACUCCGCAUGUAAAUGAUUAAAUGGCGUCUUUGGGCGUUGUUGAUCUGCUCAAACACUUCAGACUUUGGCCGUCAAGUUGACUUGAUGAGAAGUGGCGACACAGGUGAGCUUCAAUUCUUCCAUAACGAUUCGUGCUUUGCUUGUGACAUGCGGAUACGUUACCAGGAUAAGAAGCGAUGGCGGCGAUACACGACCCACUCUUGGCGCUGCUGCUACUCCUCGCCAUCUGCGGCCUCCACUGCUCCUCACCCCGACCCUCCUGUCCGGACUCCUGCCGCUGCCCGCGGCCCUCGGUGUUGAACUGCUCCGCCUCGGGUCUCUCCGUCAUGUCGCCGCGGCACAUCCAGGACUUCGUGGCCGAGCUGGACUUCUCUCACAACCUCCUGGAAGGGGUG